UUUCGCAAACGGACGUCCGGUGCACUUCAUUCUCUUUUUUGGACUGACGCGAAUUUGGUGGAAAAUGCUGUGCGUGCAGUGUGGGACGACGAGCAACCCGUGCCGUUGCAAGGUGGUGGGGCCCACGGUCGGGCUUCUGGCUUGCGCGCUGGCGGCGGUGGUGGAGUGGCCGGUGGGUGCGAUCGUGUACAUUUUCCGGCACAUGAAAGGUCGACGCAUCAUGGCCCACCCGGUUAAUGUUGUGUAUCCCCGUGUUUCCAGCGCGAUUCCCAUUUAGUUCAGUUGGAAUAAUAUGCUCUCCGCUCUUAUUUUCUAGUAUUUUCUGUGAAAAAUAUUAGUGGUGCUCUGUUAUUGCUAGGUGAUGAAAGUAUGAUGUUCAUCAUGAAGGUUGUUUUGCUUGACAGUUGCAUUUUUAUUAGUGUUGGAUCAAAUUUUCUUUUAAA